AUGUCCACUGCUUCCACAACUGCAGAACGCCACGAGCAUUCGUUCUCUAUAGACCGAGGGGGGCAUAAAUGGCUCGUUGUCACUGUUCGGAGUCGUUCACGAAGUACUGCUUCAGCUCCGGCAUACAUCGAAGGUGACACCAUAACGGGACGCCUUGAGCUAGACAUCGACCGACCAGAAACUAUCAAAGAAGUAGACAUAGCGGUCGAGGGGGCUCUCACAUCCGUUCAACAACAAGAAAUGGUUUUCUUGUCCAUGAAACACAUCCUUUGGAACUCGGACGGAAGGCCUACCAACAAGUUCUUUGGAAAAUACAACUGGGGCUUUACGUUCACACUUCCCUCCCAAGUCAGUGUGGACAGUACAAUGUACAAACUUCCACCCAAUUUCUCCGAGAAACCGACCUCGACGUUCAUUGAUUACAGGCUUGUUGCUAAUGUGAAAAGAGGAGCGUUCAAGCCAAAUCGAACGAUAUCGCAAGGGUUCGUUUACAAGCCCGUCUCAGUGCCUCCGCCACCUUCUACGCGACGGCAAUUGGCAUAUAGGAAUGCAAGUGCCCUUUCCCUACCUUCCGAGGACCCUGAAGGAUGGAAUGUACUUCAGCCACAAAGCACGAAGGGUAGAAUUUACGGUGGAAACCUGGUGGAAGCGACGUGUACACUAGCCAUUGCUGUCCCAGUAGGUCUCCAAAAACGCUGGGGACUCGUGAUGAUAUUCUGA